GGGCUUUUUGCGCGGGAAAAGGUAGGCGCUCUUGAGCUCUACUCAGUGUAGCUGGGGUCAGGUGUUUUCGCUGAGGCCGCUGUCCCCUUCGCACCGCUGCCUGCCAUGGGGCUUCUAGAACUGUGCGAAGAACUAUUCGGCACCGUCGACCUUUACCAAGUAUUGGGCGUGCGGCGCGAGGCCUCAGACAGCGAGGUCCGACGCGGCUAUCACAAGGUGUCCCUGCAGGUGCACCCGGAUCGGGUGGGCGAGGACGACAAGGAGGACGCCACUCGCCGCUUCCAGAUCCUUGGGAAGGUCUACUCCGUUCUGAGUGACAAAGAACAGAGAGCAUUAUACGAUGAACAGGGAACAGUGGACGAAGAUUCUGAUGUGCUCAGCCAAGACCGGGACUGGGAGGCCUAUUGGAGAUUACUCUUUAAAAAGAUAUCUCUGGAAGACAUUCAGGCUUUUGAGAAGACAUACAAAGGUUCUGAAGAAGAGCUGACUGAUAUUAAACAGGCCUAUCUGGACUUCAAGGGUGACAUGGAUCAGAUCAUGGAGUCUGUGCUGUGUGUGCAGUACACAGAGGAACCCAGGAUAAGGCACAUUAUUCAACAGGCCAUUGAUGCUGGAGAGGUACCGUCCUAUAAUGCCUUUGUCAAAGAAUCCAAGCAGAAGAUGAAUGCAAGGAAAAGGAGGGCUGAGGAAGAGGCUAAAGAAGCAGAAAUGAGCAGGAAGGAGUUGGGGCUUGACGAAGGAGUGGAUAACUUGAAAGCAGCCAUUCAGAGCAGACAAAAGGAUCGGCAAAAGGAAAUGGACAAUUUUCUGGCUCAGAUGGAAGCAAAGUACUGCAAACCUUCCAAACGAGGAGGGAAAAAAACGACUCUCAAGAAAGAAAAGAAAUAAUGGAAUAUUCUCUUCAAAAGUCCAUAGGUGUUACCUGAUGCCUUUGUAGGCAAGGUACAGUCAAGAUUUGAAGACAAAAGUGAACUCAACUCUUGAGAAAAGUUGUCUUUCAAGCCUAAAUUAUUUGGAUCAACUAUCUAAACCAAGUAGACUCUCUCAGCCUGGUCUUAGCAUAUCCUAGAAAUACGCUGACAUCCUGUGAGGUCCUCCUAUGGAGUUUGGUGGUGAUCACUGAGGGAGUGGGAGGGUGAAUGCUUCCUUGAGAGCACUUUUCCGUGUGUCUUCUGAAUAAGGAACUGUAUCUAGAAUGCAGAUCUGUCCCUACCACUUUUAGCAAUUGUUAUUUUGCCAUAUAGGAAUGAGCUUCAGGGUAUUCAGUGGUGUGUGUUUUUUAGGACAUGUACUCUACCUAGCCUUCAACACUUGCUGGACAUCUAUUUCCCAAAUACUUGCCAGUUUGCUUUCAGUCUUAAUGUUCUUGCAUAGGCCCUCUCUUUUUUAUUUUUCCUACUCAACUAAGUUUGGCACUCUUUGCUUGAGGUAUAUAGGAGAAACAGGUGUUCAGAUUACUUCAAGCACUUUUGUAAGAAUUGUACAAGAUUAAAUAAUCAAGUGAAAGAUGACUGUUAAGUUCCCGGGACUUUUUAAGUGAUCCCAAUAUGGUCAUUUAAAAGAUGAUUUAUUAAAUAUAUGAAUGGUGCUUAGGAUAAAAAAAGAGAGAAGAAAAGUAGUUCUAGCCAGUAUUGUAGCAGAUAGCCUGGUUUAAGUUGCAUAAAGAGAUGCUGUAAUCCUCUCUGUAACUGCUGAAUGUCCUUAGAAUCAGGUUACUGAGCUUGUCAGAACUUGUUUCCUCAUCUAUAAAAGGGUGAGGAAGCUAGGCUAAAUGACUUGUUAACUCUGACCUUGAAAGGCAAGCUGUCUUGAUCCAGUGGUUUGUUAUCAUGUACUAAUGGUAUUGAUUUGUGAGAACAGUACAGAGAUUUUCAUUUAUAUUUAGUAGAAUUGGUAUGAGUUCAUUAGAAUAUAUGAAAAUUUUUUAGAGACUGUUCAACUUAAAAUCUCUGAUUUGUAAGCUAAUAUAUUCAAUAUCAUAUGCAUAAAACAAGCCUUCUGUCACUGAGAGUCAUGUACAUAAUUUAUCUGAGGUAAGCAUAAGACACGUUUUCAGUUUGGAUAACAAAUAGAUUAAAAAAUACUCUUUUAAUUGUAUUAAAAAUACAGUUUAAUGUAGGUUGUUUGCUGUACCUGUCUUCAUAUGAUAGUAUUAGAACACUUUGAAAUAAUAAAUCCCAAGUUAUGA